AUGAUCGACAAAUCUGAUGUCGAUGAAAGCAUCGCUCGGGAUUUACUCGGUCGUUUACAAGAAUCACGUAUUACACUAGGUAUCUUACAAAAAACGGGUAUUGGAAAAACAGUCAACAAUUUACGAAGAUUGAUUGCAACUGAAGAUGUGUCAACUAUUGCCAAAGGUCUUUUAAAAAAUUGGAAAAAACUUGUACCUGAAUCAACUUCGGCGAAUAAAGAUGAGAAGCAAACGGCAUCAGCAAGUGGUAGUAGUAAUAAUAAUAGUCAAAAUUCUCAAGAAACAAAUGUAACUAGUGGAAAAAAUAGUGAUUCAAGUAAAGCAUCAGAACGACAACCGUCGAAAAGUGCUUCAUCAUCGAGUAAUUUUACGGGUUUACAGACAAAAGAUGAUGUUCGAUUGAAAUCACGUGAUCUCUUAGCUGGAGCAUUAUCCAUGGUGGAGUUGCCAGAAGGUUCUGCUGAUCCAGUUGAAUUAGCAGCACGAUGUGAAGACGCGAUUUUUAAUGAAUUAAAAGAUACAAGUGUGAAAUAUCGCAAUCGUAUUCGCAGUCGUGUAGCAAAUUUAAAAGAUGCAAAGAAUCCCAAUCUUCGUAUCAACGUUCUUCUCGGUUUGAUAACUCCUGAACGACUUGCUGUUCUCACUGCCGAAGAAAUGGCAAGUGAUGCAUUGAAACAAGAACGGACGAAAUUAACCGGCCUUGCUAUUAAUGAAUAUCAACUGGCGACAGACGAAGGCACGGGUACAGAUCUCAUUCAAUGUCGACGUUGUAAACAAAAUAAUUGCGCGUACACAGAAGCUCAAACGCGAAGUGCAGAUGAACCAAUGACAUUAUUUGUUUUUUGUAAAAACUGUGGAAAUCGUUGGAAGAUGUGA